AUGGCUUGGCUCCAGGUGACGUUAAUAUCAGUAGCCAUCGCCUCUUACGUGAUCCGAUUGUGUUCUCUGUCCCCCGUCGACAACGAGACCGCCAUGGAGGUGAUCUUCGGGAAAGACAACGACGGCGGCGACACCUCGCGACGGCCGCCCGUGUUCGCGCACGGUGGCGCCGGACGGCACGCACCGGAAAACACCCUGGCCGCCAUACAAGUGGCGGCCGAGAGAAUGGCGGAGGGGAUCGUGGUGGACCUGUCCUUCACGCGCGACGAUGCAGGCGUCCUCUUCCAUGGCGAAAACCUGGAGCGCACGACCAACGGUGAGGGCUUACUCGCAGAAACGUCUUUCCAAGACCUCCGGCGACUGGACGCCGGCAGCAAGCAUCCGCUGUCCGAGAACUGCCUCUGCGUUCGCGUUCCCACUCUCGAAGAAGGCGUCCACGAGUGCCUUCGCCUCGGUCUCCGGUUCAUCGUCCGCGUGAAGCGGUACGAUGAGCGCGCCGUGGCACUGCUCGACGCGUUGUUCCGCCAGCGACCCAAACUGUACCGUAGAGGGCUCGUCUCCUCCUACGACCCGCUCUUCAUCUACGCCCUUCGGUACCGCAAUCCAGACAUCGUGACAGCGCUGACUUGGCGCCCAGGGUUGCUGGCGUACGAGGACGUGGAAAAGUGGCGUCCGCGCUUCGGCACCCUCAAGGAGCAUCUUAAAGCGGGCGUCGCCGACUGGUUCCUCGAGCUCGCGCUUAACACCGGCCUGCUCCAUUACGUGACGGGUGCCUCCGCCUUACUGGCGGACACGAACACGCUGAACGCCGCAAGCGUGCGCCGGUGGCGUGAUCGGGGCGUGCACGUCAUCGCCCGGACGCCGAACGACCGCGUAGAGAAGAAAUAUUUUCUACAGGUUCUCCAAGUGCCCAUCAUAACGGACACAUUGAACCUAGGGACCCGACCACGCGGACAACGGCGAACACACCUCACUGUUCCUCCGCAUCAAUAUCCGGGUACUUGCCCGUAUUCAGAGCUCUGGAGAAAGAGCUUCCUAAAGCCGAUUCAGUGCGGAUAA